GGUUUUGACCUCAAAUCUAUUGAAUUUGUGUCGCAUGAGGAAAACGUCGCCGAUAUUGCCUCAUCGUUCAAAGAACUUUCAGAUAAUCUUUAAUCGAUUUGUCUGGAAUCAAUCGUUGUCUAUUCGAGUUAAAAAUAAUGCAGAUAACUAUUUUUACUAACCAACAAAACACGCAUUUUAAUUAGGUACCUUUAUUAUCCACUUUGACAGCUCGUUCCUGUCAAACUUAACGAAACUGUCAAACAAAAGAUAAGUUCUGAUCAUGCCAAAAUCACGCACGAAAUCCAGAUAAGGACCUCAAAGUUCGAACAACCUUGACACGGUUCAACGACAGACGUAACGAUAAAAAUCCGCAUGAAUCUCGUAACAGACACAAACUGAUAACCACAAUCGUGGUAUAAAAGCAAUAAUCAAAGAACCAAGCAAGUUCAGUACGUAAAAUGCGCCAGCAGUUCUUGACGUCGGGACACCGGUUCGUUUUAACAUCCGUUCGCCAUUUGUUAUGGACUAUCGAUCUCAAAUUGGCGAUCGUUUCACCGUUGUACCUUCAGCUGGGCGCCGAACAUAAAUACACCUGUUAAUCGUGUUAAGUGACAAGUAAAUUGGUCGUGUGAAUCCAGCUUAAUUAACAAUGAAAUUGUGCGAGCGAGUGUCGUCGACCACCAUGAUGCUCCUGAACGCCAUCCGAAUCUACUGGCGUUCGAUAUUCGUUUUCGUCUAUCCGCUGGUUUUGCUGCCCGUUUUCGUGUUCGACAAUGUGGCCGCCCUGCGAUGCCUGUACGUGGUCCUGCUGAUGGCCGGUUUCUGGGUGUUCGAAGCGUUGCCGCUGCCGGUCACCUCAUUGAUACCAAUGGUUCUGUUUCCGUUAAUGGGCGUAUUGGAUUCGGACAAAGUUUCUCUUUGUUAUCUCAAGGAGACGAACAUGAUGUUCGUCGGCGGUUUGGUGAUCGCCAUCGCCGUAGAACAUUGCAAACUCCACACGCGAGUUGCACUAUACGUCAUUAAAAUUGUCGGCUGCAGUCCUAGACGUUUGAACUUCGGUUUGGUCACCGUAACCAUGCUGGUUUCUAUGUGGAUUUCGAACACUGCAGCAACGGCCAUGAUGAUACCGAUCAUUGAGGCAACCCUCAAGGAAUUAGAGGAACAAGGUAUUGGGGAAAUGUACGAGGAAACCUCGAGGGAAGGCCAAGAAGUGCAUCCGGAUAACGAGCCGAAACGUCCCACCAAAACAACGAUGUGUUACUUCAUAUCUACUGCUUACGCCGCCAGCAUAGGCGGCAAUGGUUGCAUAAUCGGAAGCGGUACCAAUUUGGCUUUCAAAGGCAUUUUCGAAAUUCGUUUUCCGAAAGGACCGGGCCUCGAAUUCUCCAAAUGGUUGACAAUUAACGUUCCCAUGAUGUUACUGAUGAUGUACGGUUCGUUGAUCUGGUUGCAGUUCUUCUUCAUGGGACUGUUCAGACCGAAUUCGGCGGAUGCGAAGAAGAUUCGGGUUGGUAAACAGGGGGAGCAGGUGGCCAGGAAGUUGAUCAAGCAAAAAAUCGCGGAGUUAGGACCGAUGUCGUUUCACGAAAUGGCCGUUGCAGCUCUGUUCGCACUAUCAGUACUGCUCUGGUUCUUCCGUGAGCCACACUUCAUUACCGGAUGGGCCGAAUUGAUCACCCAACACAAAGUUGAAGACGCCACGGCGGCAUUAAUUGUGGUCCUGUUGCUGUUUAUAGUGCCAUCAAAGCCAGAUUUUAUCUACAUCUUCAGUAAAGACGAAACGAAACGUCCGAAAAUCGCUUCGCCCGCCCUGAUCACUUGGAAAGUGGUCCAACAAAAGAUGCCCUGGGGACUGAUUUUCCUUCUAGGAGCAGGGUUCACCCUAGCAGAAGCCUCGAAAACAUCAGGAAUGAGCCAAUUGAUCGCCGAUCACCUGCACGGCCUUGCCGAGCUACCACAGGUGUACGUGAUGGUAAUUUCGAGCACCUUCGCCUGUUUCCUCACGCAGUUCUCGAGCAAUGUGGCGGUGGCUAGCGUCGUUCUACCCGUGCUCGCAGAAGUGGCGGUCGUCGCCAAAAUCCAUCCCCUCUAUCUGAUGAUGCCGGCCGCCCUGUGCAGCUCGUUCGCCUAUUGUUUGCCAGUGUCGACGCCGCCGAAUGCGAUCGCUGCCGCCCCCUGUAACAUGUCGUCGACUGAAAUGGUCAAGGCCGGUUUGGGAGUGGCGAUCAUUUCACUUGUUGUUUUGUUCCUCGUGUAUCCGUUCCUCGGACCUCUGGCCUGGGAUUUGAACACAUUUCCGGCAUGGGCGGCCAAACCUUAACACCGGGGACGUUCCGAUUGGACUAUUUGUAUUAUGUAAUUUAUAAAUUAAAGGAGAUAAA